CGAUUGUAUAGCUGCCAAAAAUUUUUUUUUUUUAGAAACAUUCAUAAUUUCAUUGGAAAUACACAAUUGCUAGCUGUAUACCCUGCAUCUUUCAACUUUCCGUUCUAGUAUUAUUACAAGAAAAGUACUACGAUGAUUCGGAUUCAUCGGUAAUUAAAAGUGAUAUGUGGAAUCCAAUAAAAUCAAAAUCCAGACUAUCAAUUCGAUUGUAUAAAAUCACUUGCUACAGAUAACAUGUUAGCUGGUGUAGUAUGAAUAUUAUCUUCCUAUAUUUUCUGCUAAAGUAUUUGAAUAUUAGAAAGAUUUUAUGUAUCUAUCACAUAUUUUUGUUAUUGUUGUAAUGAAUAUUAAGUACUUAAAUUAUAUUAUGAUAACCUCAAUUUCACUCGUGCUAAUCAGUAACAAAAUAUUUCACAAUAAAGUAAACUUUUAAAGCUAUAAAACAGAACGACUGAUAAUGAAUCCAACUUUUUCCUUUGUCGAUCGACUACUAAGUAAACUUAUUUUAUCGCGACCUAAAGACUAUUCCACUUUUUAAUAGUUAUAUUAUAAAAAAAAAAAAAAACAAAUUCUUGGCUGGUGUUUUAUUUUAAAAAGCUAGACAGAAAUGCUCGUGAUGAGUUAUCAAAAAAUAGUGUUAGAAUAUUUGUGCCAAGCAAUACAUUGGCACAGUAAGAGUAUAAAACACAGCAUUAAAAUCCUGAAGUCGUGAUAUUUUAUCGACGAAGGCAGUGAAUCGCAAUGUCAUUUGCCGUGAUAAGUCAGUGGGCUUUUUUGCUUUUUUGGCUUGUUCUAGUUCAUGCCUGGCCACUUCAUCCUGUGCCGCCUCAUAAAGGAAUAAUUGAAAAUACUUAUGUUGGUUAUUACGAAGCUGCUUGGUAUGACACAGUGAUUUUAAAGAAUCAUCGAAAUCGCGCUCGUCGAGAUACCAUUUCUACUGUCGAAGAUCAGCCUCUUGUUUUUCAUCUUCGAGCACUCGAUAGACAAUGGACGAUGAGACUUAUACGAGAUACAAACCUAUUUUCACGUGAUGUGGUUUUUGAAAAUACAAACGGAUCAAUGUCUUUCGAUCCAUUACAUUCAUAUGUUGGCACAAUAAAAGGAGACGAUAAAGCCAUAGUACAAGGUAUCGUUACAACAGAUGGAUUGUUUGAUGGCUCGGUUAUAACACCAGUUGAUGAAUAUUAUUUUGAACCAACUAGUAGAUAUUUAACACGAGUAUCAAACAAUGAUGAGUUGAUUAACACAUCACCGGCCUAUCAUACAAUUGCAUACCGAGCUUCAGACAUAAUUAGUCCCAAUCUUCCACGUCAAUGUCGAAGCUUUAAAUUGUACCGUUCCACAUAUCGUACAUUAAAGCUAAAUAAAACAUUGAAUCAAGAACACAAAACAAGCAGCAAGUUAUUCAAGCCUUUCUUUAACCAACUUUAUGACUUGAAAUUUAGUCAUGAUGAUGGUUAUUAUUCAGAAGAGAAAAACUCAUAUAAUCAUUCCACGACGUAUGAUAAUUAUAAAAUUUUUGGAAAACAUAACAAUCCAAUAACACGACAUUUACAAAAAAGAGCAAUUAUUGAUCCGCAAAAAACAACGUGUAUGCUUUAUCUUCAAGCAGAUCAUCAAUUUUUCGCACGAUAUGGAACAGAAGAGGCUUGCAUUGAGGUUAUGACAAGACAUGUUCAAAGAGUUAAUUCAAUAUAUAAACGUACAGAUUUUAAUCAAGAUGGUAAAGCUGAUAAUAUUAGUUUUAUGAUAAAAAGAAUCAAAGUUCAUAAUGGUGAUGCACUGACAGAUGCCAAUUAUCGGUUUUCUGGCAAUUAUGGAGUUGAAAAAUACCUCGAGCUUUUUUCGGAAGAGGACUAUGAUGCAUUUUGUUUGGCUUAUAUGUUUACUUAUCGAGAUUUUGAAAUGGGAACAUUGGGAUUAGCAUGGACUGGUGACUUAAAAAAUGCCGGUGGUGUUUGUGAAAAAAAUGGUCAUUAUCGGGGUAGUAUGAAAUCACUAAAUACUGGAAUUGUAACAUUACUUAAUUAUGGAAAACACGUACCACCAGCUGUCUCACAUGUUACUUUAGCGCAUGAAAUCGGUCAUAAUUUUGGUUCACCACACGAUCCAGAACAAUGUACUCCUGGUGGGGAAGACGGAAACUUCAUCAUGUUUGCUCGCGCAACUAGUGGUGAUAAGCGCAAUAAUAAUCGUUUUAGUCCGUGUAGCUUAACCUCCAUUGAUCCUGUAUUGAAUACAAAAGCUCGUUCACCCAAAGGAUGCUUUACAGAACCUCAAGUAUCUUUGUGUGGUAAUGGAGUUGUAGAAGAUGGGGAAGAAUGUGAUUGUGGAUGGGAAGAUGAUUGUCGAGACUCAUGCUGUUUUCCUCAACGUCGUUAUCCAUCAUUUAACGAAAAACCCUGCACUUUAACACCUGGAUCAAUCUGUAGUCCCAGUCAAGGUCCGUGUUGUACAAAUGAUUGUAAAUUAAAAUUUGCCGACAAAUGUCGGGAUGAUAAUGGCUGUCGGGAUGCUAGUUUUUGUGAUGGCAAAGCACCUCAUUGUCCUCCAUCCAUAAACAAACCAAACAAAACAAUUUGUAAUCGAGAAUUUGUUUGUUUUAUGGGGGAGUGUACCGGUAGUAUAUGCUUGGCAUAUGGUUUAGAAUCAUGUCAAUGCAUUCCAGAAUCAAAUGAUCCUUUGACUAAAGCUUGUGAGCUCUGCUGUCAACUUUCAGGUGGAAAUCAACCAUGUCUAUCUUCAUUCAGUUGGAAUUCUCCCCCAUACGAUGUUCCGGACAUGUUUUCAAAGCCGGGAACGCCAUGCAAUAAUUAUAAUGGAUACUGCGAUGUUUUCCAAAAGUGUAGAGAAGUUGACCCGAAUGGGCCUUUAGCAACAUUAAGAAAAUUGUUGCUUUCCGAAGAGAGUUUAGCUACAUUCAGACAAUGGACUAUUGAACACUGGUACGCUGUUGCUCUCCUCACUCUAACGGCAAUAUCAUUUGUGAUAGCAGGCAUUCGGUGUCUCGGCAAACAGCCGGAUUUCAAGCUCAAAACGGUGACAAUAAUUCAUAGUCCAACAACAGAAACAGUUAGACUGCCACCUGAUGGUGCUGAAGGCAUAACAAUUCACCCCCCUGCAGUUCGAGCUAAAUUACCGCUGAGUAAAAAAGUUCGUGAAAAUCGUCAUCAUGUGAAACAACACCAUGGUAGAAGAUACGAGGAUAUGAAUAUACCAGAGAAUACUAGAAACAACAGUAAAAAUACAAUGAUCAAAAUUAUUACUAAAAAAAAAAACCGAAAAAAAAAACGUGUUAUGCCAGUUCUUAUCCAAGAACUAAUUAGAAAGCCGAUCGUAGAACAAUCAUCCUUACUUUUUAUCCAAACUGAUGCAAACCCACUAUCUAUUGCAGAGACGGCAGAAAAAACAAUGUCAACAUCAAGUAAAAAAUUGGCUUGUAAAAAUAUAAAAACCAAAAAGUGUAAAAAUAAAGAAGUUAUAGAUUACUCAAGAGCACAGUCAAAUAAACAUAGUAGUGUUGUUAAUAGAAACGCUGAUCCAAAAAAAAAAGUAAGAUCUUGGUUGUUGGCAUCAUCAUCGCACUCUUGCAAUGAAAUUUUAAGAAACAGCAAAUCCUCACCAGCAAAUCUUACGUCUGAUGAUUCUGGUGCAAUACGUAAAGUUUCUGCACGACUUUCUGUCAUAGCAAAAGCUAAACGAAGAAUAGGAAAGCCGACUUCUCACACAUGUCUGCAUGCAAAUGAAACAAAGAAACAACAUGUGCGAUUACAGAUAAUCUACAAACCACCAUUUAAGCUUUCAGUACGACUAAAAAAAAAGGAUAAUUUUGGGCUAUCACCUAUUAAUAAUCAGUCAGUUCACUUAUCGAAAAACCCCCAAUAUCGCACGGCCAUGCUUGUCCGUACAGUAAAAGUAAAAAAAAAUCAACACAGAUCUACAGACGAACAAAAACCAAUGGAUCCAACGACUAGUGUCGAGGCUUCGAUGGAGGUUUCCAACGCAUCGGUGAAUCCAGAUAUUGAUACGGUACCAUCUGAUCUUGAAGUUUUACUUUCAAAAAGUGAAUUCCUUGCUGAUAAAUGAGGUUAUCAAUAAUUAAAUGAAGAAAAAAAAUAUAACUCAAAGAUAAUUUUCUAUGGAGUUGAGUUGGUUCAAAUGUUAUAUUGAACUUAUAAAAAUUGAUACGAAGUUGGGGCUUCACGCAAGACCAAAAUGAGAUUUAAGUGCAGUUUAGCAUAUCAGAUUCAGGCGUCGCGAAUCAUUAUGCAGUCGAAAGUCAUUUUCUCGAUAACGCACCAUAAAUUAAUUAAAGAUGCACACGAGACGAGACGAGAUUUGAUUGAUUCUCGUCUCGGUCUCGUCUCGUGUAAAAAAAAUUAGAGUCUCGUCUAGUCUCGGCUGUAUAAAUAAAAAGUAAACAAAAGUAAUUUUUUUUUUCUUUAUUAUCAAUACAACAUUUUUAAAUCUAUACAUUCUUGUAACAUAUGCAUAUAAAAUAAUUUUUUUUUCUUUUAUAACAUAUGAGUUUACUUUUUAGUUUUUUUCUCAAUUAUUAAUUAACAAUGAAUAUUGCAUUUAUUUUAACUCAAACAAUACGUAUCGAUUGUACUGAAUAUAAAUUAAAUAAAUAAAUCAAGUUUGAAUUUAAAAAAAAAA